AUGGCAGAAGAAACUUCGGAAGGAGACGUCCUCCUCGCCAGGCGCAUCAUCUCCGCUGCAGCUCGACACGACGUGGCUGCCCUAGAGGUCCUGCUCAAAGACGGGUCGGCGAAUGUGCAGGAUGCCUCUGCACCUGUAGCGUCGUCCCCGCUCCACGCUGCGAUUGCGGCAUGCGGAAACGCUGAGGAUGGGAAAGAGGCGGAUGCAAACGCGAUUAGAACUGUGGAGUUGCUCUUGGAGAACGGUGCCAUCUGGAAUGAUUUGAACGGCGAGGACAAGACGCCAGGGUGCAUUGCGCUUCGGCUUGGGCAGAGGAAGAUCUACGACAUGAUGGUGGAUGCUGGUGUGCGGGCUGAACUUCUCUUCUCUAAGCUUGAGAGCCUUGGAUUGGGCGUGGACGAGGAUGAGGAUGAGGAUGAAAAUGACGUCGGCGACGAUAAUGAGGAGACAGGUGACACAAUUCCAGCAUCGAAAAGGCGGAAACUUUCUGAUGGACAAGGCCACGGAGUCGAGCAGGCGACCGAAGAGAAACCGCUUGAUGACGUCUCGCUCGAUAACCGAGCAUACUUGAAGAGCCAACUCCGGUACAAGCCCGGCAUAUUGUUGGACGAGAGUGACAACGCGGUGAUGAUGGACUGGGAGACUCAGAUCAUGCAGCGCCACGCCGAGACCCUGAUCCCCAAGUCCGGCCUCAAGGUGAUGAACGUGGGCCACGGCAUGGGCAUCGUCGACACAGCCAUCCAGACACACAGCCCGUCCGAACAUCACAUUGUCGAAGCACAUCCUCAAGUGCUCCAGCGGCUACGCGACCAGGGCUGGUAUGACAAGCCCAGCGUCAUCAUCCACGAGGGAAGGUGGCAGGACGUGCUACCGAAACUGGUUGAGAAGGGCACCGUACAACUCGAUGCGAUCUACUACGAUACCUUUGCCGAGGACUACAAGGCUCUGAGGGAGUUCUUUUCCGAAUACGUCGUCCAGCUGCUGAGUCCGACGGGGAAAUUCGGAUGGUACAACGGACUGGGAGCGGACCGGCAGAUCUGCUACGAUGUGUAUACCAAGGUUGCGGAAAUCGACCUUCGUCAGGCCGGGUUUGACACCGCGUGGGAAGACAUCGCCGUGCCUGCAGGUCUCCAUGGCAGCAAGCAAUGGGAGGGCACCAGACGGCCGUACUGGACAAUCGAUGUCUAUCGAUUACCGGUGAAUACGUUUACGAAAUGA